UCCCAGGAACUCAUGGAGCCAGAAGCUGGGACCAACAUGACAGCUGUUACUGAGUUCAUUCUACUGGGCCUAGUGGAAACAGAAGAGAUGCAGUCUGUGGUCUUUGUGCUCUUCCUCUUAGCCUACUUGGUCACAGUCGGGGGCAACCUCAGCAUCCUGGCAGCCAUCCUGGUGGAGGCCAAACUCCACACCCCCAUGUACUUCUUCCUGGGGAACCUAUCAAUACUAGAUGUUGGAUGUGUCACAGUCACUGUUCCUCCAAUGUUGGGUCGUCUCCUGUCCCACAAGCGUACGGUUCCUUAUGGAGCCUGCCUCACACAACUCUUCUUUUUCCAUCUUCUGGCUGGGAUGGACUGCUUCCUGUUGACAGCCAUGGCCUAUGACCGAUUCCUGGCCAUCUGCCAGCCCCUCACCUACAGCAUUCGCAUGAGCCAGACAGUUCAGAGGAUAUUGGUGGCUGUGUCCUGGGCUUGUGCCUUCACCAAUGCACUCACCCACACUGUGGCCAUAUCCACACUCAACUUCUGUGGUCCCAAAGAGGUCAAUCACUUCUACUGUGACCUUCCACAGCUCUUCCAUCUCUCCUGCUCCAGCACCCAACUCAAUGAGCUGCUGCUCUUUGCUCUGGGUUUCAUCAUGGCAGGUUCACCUGUGGUUCUCAUCGUCACCUCCUAUGUCCACGUGGCAGCUGCGGUUUUAGGAAUCCGCUCUGUGGAGGGCAGGAAGAAAGCCUUCUCUACAUGUGGCUCCCACCUCACGGUGGUUUGCCUCUUCUAUGGGACAGGUAUCUUCAACUACAUGCGUCUCGGUUCAGAGGAGGCUUCAGACAAGGAUAAAGGAGUUGGGGUUUUCAACACUGUUAUCAACCCCAUGCUGAACCCACUCAUCUAUAGCCUCAGAAACCCUGAUGUGCAGGGCGCUCUGUGGCGGGUAUUUGUGGGGAGGCAGUCACUGACCUGA